AAACAGGCUUCAGUCGACGCUGACUAGUAAGUCCGGAACCUGGUUUAAAAGGAAGUGAGCUCUCCGAUUGUUUGUCACAGCAGAGAGAAGUCCGCUUGACAACAUGAGAGCUCUACUGCUUGUGUGCCUGUCAGCGGGCUGCCUGGCUCAGAGACCCCAACCAUGCACAUCCCCAUCCCUGAUGACUGGUUCCCUUUCUGUGUCCACUCAAAAUGAGAAGCUGGGAGCCUUUGCCAAGUACACUUAUGACGCCCUGGGUCAGCGGAUCCGUCUCAGAGAGUUUGGAUCCUAUGAUAAUAAAACGUUCCACCUGGAUGUGCUUCUCCUGUACAGAAAGGGUGUUAUGUACAAGAUCAGCUACAGAAACCACACAUGCUACAAGAAACGUCUGAACAGAGAUUUCCACCCGCUGGCUAUUCCAAAGGAUGCUUCCCUGGUGGGCCAGGUGGUGCUGGGCAGCUCCUCCGGUCCUGGACAGGGAGUCCUGGUCAACACAUGGACUGGGCAGCUGCAGAUGAGAAACAAAACAGCAAAGUACAUGAGCACUGUGACUGAGUUCGGUUGUGUUCCUGUCACCACGCUGUUCCAUACCACCAGAGCUGGAUGGAUGGUCACCAGUUUCUUCAACAACGUCAUCGGGCUGUCUGAUCCUCAACAGCUCAUCCCACCAAGCUUUUGUAAGGAUGCCGAACUUGAAAAGGAAGAAGGGGAGGAUCCUGCCACCUUCUACAGCUUGUUUUAGAUGGUGAUGAUGAUGAGGAGGAGGACUGUACAUGAAUCUUUGCACUGAACGAUUACUUUUUUUACUCCUUGAUAAAGAAGUGGAUAAAAUCUUCACCAUGUGUCCAGUUGUUCAAUCAGCUGAUUGUGUGUAAAUCAAAUAGUGUAGCAUUUGCAUUACUUAUAAACAAACAUAAACACGUUUUUAAUUUUUUCGUCAUGUAUAAAUAAAAAAUGUUUAAAAUCAAA